AUGAGAAAUCGUAAAAUAGAUCCCCCUGAGUAAGAUUCUGUCAGUUCAGGUUAUUCGACACCAGAUGAGAAAAGUGUUUCAAAGCAAGCUAAAAUAAAGCAUUUAAGAAAGCAUGCAUUUGUCAAUCGGAUUUCAUUUUUAGAUGAUAUGGAUAAGGAUUCAGAAUUAAAUAAGAAUAAAUUAGUUGGCUUUUACAAUAUGUUAUAUGUUGUAGCUUUCUAUUACUUUAUAAUAAAUCCAAUUAUGUCAUAUUGGAAGACAGGUUAAUGGAUUGAAACUUCUCUGUAUAAUUAAAUGCGUAGAGAUCUAUUUAUGUGUAUAGUAACAUGGCCAUUAGUAUUAAUUUAUUUUAAUGAAUAGUUCUAUGCUUGGAGUCAUAUAGCCUUAUUGAUUUAAUAUUUAGCAAUGAUGAAUAUGCCAAAAAUGUUAAUCUUUUUAAUUUAACAUGUUAGUUAAAUUUGUAUGUUUGUCUAUGCACAUUAUUUGGUAUUAACUAGAGAUUGGUAUUUACCAUAAGGUGCUUUUGUAACCUUUUAAUCGUGUGUAUUCUUUUUCAAAAUGCAUUCUUAUACUAUGACAAAUUAUAAAAUGAGAAGAGAGUGGGUUGAUUAAGGUUGUCCUAAAAGUACUGAUCCUUUCAAUUAUCCAAAUAACAUCAAUUUUAUGAAUUUUACUAAAUUUAUAAUGACUCCAGUUUUAGUUUAUGAACCUUCGUAUCCUUAAUCAGGUAAAAUUAGAUGGUGGUAUGUUAUUGUUAAAUUUAUUAAUGCAAUAUCAAUGUUAAUUAUGGGAUAUAUGAUUGUUUCUAAUCACAUUUAUCCAAUAAUUCUUAAUGUAAAUGCAUUAUCUUUAGUUGAUUCCAUAUUUUAAAUGACUCUACCUCUUAUAUUUAUAUGUUUAACCUUAUUUAAUAUGAUUUUUGAGAAUUAUUGUAAUUUUUGGGCUGAAUUAACACAUUUUGGAGAUCGUUAAUUUUAUACAGAUUGGUGGAAUUCAACAGAUUAUGAAGAGUUUAAUAGAAAUUGGAAUAGACCAGUUUAUGAAUUUCUAUAUCGUCAUGUAUAUUUAGAACUUAUUUUUGAAUUUGGAUUUGGAGUAAGGAAAGCAUAGUUAGCCACUUUUCUAUUUUCAGCUAUACUACAUGAAUAUACUUUAGCAGUAAGUUUAAAAUAAAUAACUCCAAUAAUGGUAAUGUUUAUGAUGAUUCAAAUACCUGUGAUGUUAUGUACAAAGAGAAUAAAAGGAACAAAAUUUGGAAAUUUAUUUUUCUGGUGGGGUAUUAUUUAAGGAUUACCAUUAAUUUUAAAUUUAUAUCUUAGAUUCAAUGAAUUACCGAAAUUAUUGUUUGAAUGA